CAAGAUAAACAGCAGCUUCAAGAAACUGUUAAGCGGAAACUUGAAGGAGCCCGUUCACCACUGAAUGGAGACCUGCAAAAUGGAGUUUCUGACAGCAGCUUCUCUCCGACCAGUAAGAGAGUCCGAAAAGAGGGACCUGGGAUAGAGCAGAGCAACAGUCUGCCCAAUAACAUCCCCAUACCUUCAGUCUCUCCUCUGCAUCAAAUUGACAUUAAACCAACUUUUCCCAGACCGACCAGUGGAAAUAAUUCAACGGGAAUGGACGACCUAAACAAAGAAGGUCGACAUCCCAGAGUGAACCUACAGGUCAAUGGCACCAGAGAUGAUGAUGACUUUAACCUGAUUUUAACCAAGGAUCUUAAGCAAGAGCCGCUGGAUGACCCAACGGGUAUGGACUCAUCGGACGCUUCCCUUGUCCAUCAGAAUAAACUGUUCUCGGACAUUAAUCUCAACGAACAGGAGUGGCAAGAGUUAAUUGAUGAACUGACGAGCACAGUCCCAGAAGAUGACAUGCACGAUCUGUUCAAUGAAGAUUUCGAUGAAAAGAAAGAGAUUGAGGUUAUCAGACCCACUGCACAAACCCCAGUGCCACAAGAUAACACAAAUAUAAAGUCUGAGAUGUGUCCAUCUCCUUUUAACCAGAUGUCGAUGGGAUCUCCUCAGGUGAGACCAUCUUCUUCAGGUCCUCCCUUUUCCAACGUCUCUACGGUCUCUAACGUCUCGUCUGUAUCAAGCAUUUCAUCACUUUCUGCUCCGGCCACCUCACCAGUGACCUCUGCAAGCCAAUCCCAGCAGCAAACCCCCAAUCAAACCCCAGCACACGCAAGACCUGGAAGUGGCUUUCUGAUGACGACAUCUUCUGGGUCAGGGUCAGGCCAGGGGCCAGGACCGGGACCUGUACCGGGAUCUGGUCCAGGACCUCUGCCGCCAUCCGGUUCUGAUCUGUCUCGAGCUGAACAGUUAAAGCAAAUGGCAGUGCAGCAGCAGCAAAGAGCUAUGUUGCUGCAGCAAAAGCACCAACACACUCAGCAACAGCACCAGCAGAAUCAGACACCGAGCUGGUCACCCGCAGCUCCACCACACAGUCCCUUUGGAGGACCCUUUAAUCCAGACAAACCAAAUAGCCCAAUGAUGUACCCACAGGCCUUUAAUAACCAAAAGCCUAUGGUGCCUACUAUGACAAGCAACCCUCAGAAGGCCAUGAAUAACUACCUCUCACAAAACCACAUGAGCAUGAUGAAUCAACAGCCAAAUAGCAUGGGGCAGAACUCUGUGAACAAACAGGCCAUGCUUUCGUAUGCUAACACUAAACCACUGUCUCAUUAUAAUAUUGAGCCUGUGGGCCAGAGAAUGACCCCGCCGAUGGUUAGUCAGAACAAAACUCCUAUGAUGCCCUACUUGCAGCAACAGCAGCCACAUAUUCAACCUCAGGCUCCUCAUAUUAGUGAGGAACAGAAGCGCCUGCUGUUAAUGAAGCAGAAAGGACUACUGCCCCAGACAAUACCUUAUGGAACACUGCCAAGCCAUGGUCCGGAUCAGAAUCCAGUGGGUCUUUCUCGGCCACCGGGAUCCAUCCAGGCCUCUGUCCCAGGGCCUGGCACUGGGGGCCCAGUCCCUGGCUCCAUGACGGGGAGCCCCGCGUACCUGGGAAACCAGCAGCAAGUGGUCAUGAUGAAGCAGCUAUUAAUGGAGCAGGAGAAACAGAGAGUCCACCAGCUCCAUCUGAUGGAACAGCAGAAGCAGCAGCUCUUCAGGGAACAGAGGCAGCAGCAGUUACUGGCGGAGCAGCAGCAACUACAGCAGCAGCAGCAUGACCAGAUGCAACAGCACCUCCCCAGACCACAUCCGCAGUGCAAGGAUCAGCAGAGGAAUCCAUAUCCUGUUCAGCAGGUCAGCCAGUUCCAAGUUUCAGGUUCGGCCCAGGAGUUGGCAGCUGCUCGGAACCAGGUCCUCCAGAACGUGAGGAGUCCCAGAAUGAUGGCGCAAAAUCCGAGCAUGAUGCAAAUGGCGCAGGUCCAGAACUCUGGAACGAUACCUGCCACCGGAGGCCAGACGGAGAUCAGCAUGGUGCAGUACAGCAGCGGCCAGAGCAACCAGCAAGGAAUGUACAGUAUGAGCCCGGGCAUGAACCAAAUUCUUCAGCAUUCAAACCAAAGCAAUGCGAGCAUGGCACGUAAUGCUAGCCAGAUGCAGAGACAGCCUAUUGCUGGACAAGGGGUUGGAAUGGUAGCUGGUUAUGGACAAAACCUAGUUGGAAACCAUGUCUUAGUCCAACAGCAAGUGAAAGGACCUGUAGGGCAGUCAUUGCCUAAGGCUCAAGUACAAAGACUUCAUCUUAUGGGAAGCUCUGGUGCUCAACCAGCUCAAAGUUGGCAGCAACAAAGUUUGCAGGGUUUGCCCAACAGAACUCAGGCUAACAGCGAGAUGGGACCAUUCAACAAGUCAUCUUAUGCAUUGCAACCUGGUCAACCUAAGAUGGCCAAACAACACUUUGUCCAAGCAAUGGGUCAGCCAGGUCUUGAGGCUGCUGGGACAGUCGGGGGGCAAAUGAUGCCUCAUUUUGCAGGGCAGCCAAGGACCAACCAGCCAAGACAAAUAAUCAUGUCUGGCAUGACCCAGACAAUCCACAACAUGGGUGGUUUUAACCAGGGCACCACAGCUCAACAGUUGACAGCCGGUUGCUACGCACAAAGCAAUCCGAGUCAAGGGUACCACACGAGAAACGCCAACCAGGACUUGUCUUUCAAUUACAUCAGCCAGUCUGCUGCUGGUUCCUUCUCCAGUUUAUCAGACAGCGUAGACCUGAUGGACUCUUUAAUCAAAGGUGGAUCAACGGAGGGUUGGAUGCAAGAGUUCGAUGAGAUAUUUGGUAACCAACCGUGAAUGGGUUCGGACGAAUUUUUAAUUAUUAAAAAAAAGCUGUUAAAUUAAAGGCUUCCUCUAAAUAAAAAAAAAUGUUUAGGGACCAAGUAAAGUAGGUCUAGUUUUGUAGUUGCACUGCUGUCGCAUUAAGGUGCUGAUGUACAUGUAGACGUGAAAUAAACUGUAAUGGUUUAAUGUAAAUAGAUUUUUAUAAGUCCAGAUAUAAGGCUUACCAUUGGGUCUACUUCCUGUAAAGAAUGGCUCUUUGUUUAACGAAACAUUGAAGUAUUUUUAUUUCAUUUUAUGGUUUUAAAUUCAUCAAUGAAGCAAUGAUAUUGCACCUUCAGACAAUGUCUUACUAAUUAUUUGUACUGUAAACUCUAAAUGAACAUGUUCAUUGAAGACAAUUUUUUUCUAGAUUUCAUUUUUACUCUGUACCUUAAGCAGUGCUUGGAAACUGAGCUCAGUUCUUUUUAAAAAAAAACCUGUACAGAAUUCUCAACUGUGUAAAAGUGUGGCAUCGAAUUAAUUACAGUUUUUGAAAACAAAAAAGAAUGUUAUGUCAAUGAACCAUGAGAUCUUAUUAAAAAAGAAUUUUAA